AUGCCCUCGAACAAGUCUUUCCGCACCAAGGUCACCCUUGCCAAGGCCUCGCGCCAGAACCGCCCCAUCCCUAACUGGUUCCGCAUGAAGACGGACAACAAGAUCCAGUACAACAAGAACCGUCGCCACUGGCGCCGCACCAAGCUCAACAUCUAA